AUGUCGUAUUCCAACCACAAACCGGCGUCGACGCGCCAAACAAUACUCCCAUCACAACACACCCGUUCCGGCUCUGCUCUCGGCCUCGGCUCGUCCAAUCAAUCCGCCCUUCAGUCGCGCAUCCAGGAGAAGAAGGUCGAGCUUGAAUCUCUCAAGCAACUGCGUGACCUCUCAGCCGGUCUUGCAGGUCAAAUGCAGCAGCUGCAAGAGAAGCUGAAUACGCUGAGCAAUGGUACCGAGGCAGUCGCAGCUGUCAUGGGUAAUUGGAACACCGUACUGAGAGCGGUGUAUAUGGCAAGUCAAGCCAUUCCGAAGCCGAGCGCGGAUGGAGAGAAGGAGACAGAGGGUGAUGAGCAGGCGCUUCCAAAGACACUCGUUCGCAUUCCGAUCCAGCAGGCUGAGGCUGCGCAGAGGGAACAAGCUCGAAAGGAGGAAGAGCAGCAGCAGAGCGGUGGAGACUGA